AUCAUUCGCUUUAUAUAUAUAUAUCCCUCUCCUUUAUCUCCACAAUAAUCUAGCCAAUCUUGAAUAAUAGAUUCAUAAGUCUUAAUGUACACAACAAAUUAUUCCCCCCCUCUCUCUCUCUCAAAAAGAUAUGGUGAGCGGUAAGUUCGUAAUAUAUUGAGAAAAAGACGUCGUUUCUGCUAACCUUAACCUAUAAAAGUUUCCCAAACCAAACUUGCAGCUGUCCAUGACAAGCCUUGAGAUCCUGGGCCCUCCGAUUUUCGAACAUGAUAGGCAAUUUAAUUGCCGGUCCUCUCCAUCUCGUCGCGCUCCUUGCUGCCCUAUGGGCGGUGGUAUGGUACUUUCGGUGGCGGAACAGCCAACUGCCGCCAGGACCUACCGGCUGGCCCCUGAUCGGCAGCCUCCUGGCCCUCGGCGCUAUGCCUCACCACUCCAUCGCCGAGCUCGCUAAGCGCUACGGCCCCAUCCUCUCCCUCCGCCUCGGCACCACUACGGUAGUCGCCACGUGCUCGGCGUCGGCGGCACGUGAGUUCCUGAAGCACAACGACGCCAACUUCUUGUCGCGGCCGCUGAACGCGGCGGCGAAGCACAUGGCAUACGACUCGCAUGACAUGGUGUGGGCGGAUUACGGGCCGAAGUGGCGGAGCCUGCGGAAGAUCUGUGCUGUCCACCUCUUCUCCAACAAUGUGCUCGACGAGUUCCGGCACGUUAGGGAGAAGGAGGUGGAGAUCCUGGCGGCGUUGCUGGCACGGGACGGCAAGGCUGGGAAGAGCGUCGAGGUGGGGGAGGCGCUGAGCGUGUGCAUGACCAACGCACUGGGGAAGGUGCUGAUAGGGAGGAGGGUGUUGGAGGGUGAAGAGGAUGCCGGAGAGUUCAGGGGGAUGGUGCUGGAGGUGAUGCAACUGGCGGGGGUGUUUAACAUAGGGGACUUUGUGCCGUCGCUGGACUGGAUGGACCUCAUGGGUGUGGCCAAGAAGAUGAAGGCGCUGCACCGGAGGCUCGAUGGCUUCUUGCAGAGGAUUGUGGAUGAGCACACGUGCUCCUCCGGCGCCAGAGGGCAGGGCGACGUUCUCAGCGUUCUUCUGCGUCUGAAGGACGAUCCCGUCGGUCUGGAUGGCCUGGAUGUCAAGCUGACGGAUACUGAUAUUAAAGCCUUGUUAUUUGAUCUGUUCACAGCUGGUACCGACACUUCAACAAGCACGGUAGAAUGGGCAAUUGCCGAGCUGAUCCGGCAGCCCUGCAUCCAAAAGAAAGUUCAGGCCGAACUUGAUUCAGUUGUCGGUCGGGAUCGGCUGGUCAAGGAAUCAGAUAUACCAAACUUGACAUAUCUGCAGGCAAUUGUCAAGGAGACAUUCCGCCUACACCCGGCGACGCCACUCUCCCUCCCGCACAUUGCUAGCGAGAGCUGCCAGGUUGCUGGCUACCACAUCCCCAAGGGUGCGCGCCUCUUAGUCAACGUCUGGGCAAUCAGUCGGGACCCCAGCAUCUGGACCGAUCCACUGGAGUUCCAGCCAGAGAGGUUCAUGCCUGGAUCCAAGUAUGAGCACAUAGAUGUAAGAGGGAAUGACUUCGAAGUGAUACCAUUCGGGGCAGGCCGGAGAAUUUGCCCCGGCAUGAGUAUGGGCAUAAGGAUGGUGCAACUGAUGGUUGCAGCUUUGGUCCAUGGGUUCGGCUGGGAGCUGCCAGCCGGUCAACUUCCAGAGAAAUUAAAUAUGGAUGAGGCUUACGGAAUUACUUUGCAAAGGGCAGUGCCCCUCAAGAUACACCCUAAGCCUAGGCUUGCCCCAAGCGCUUACCUUGCUUAGCUCACACACAUGGUCUGGUUUUGAGCUAUGAACAUGGUGUUUAAAUUCAAAUAAUGCAAAGUGUGGGCUACAGGCUCACCGGCCUAUGUUUGGCUAGACGAAUCUGUAUCGUUUAUAUC